AUGCAAGCGCCCUAGGCUGCCAGUGAUGUAUGGUCGUCCUAAUCGUUUUGUGACAACAACAGGCACACUACCGCUCCAGGACGUACACGACAGAUGGGGGACUUACUCGUACAUAUAUGUCUUAAGGAAGUCUGUCCCCAUCAUACUACUCGGACGUCUACAAGGAUACAAACUUGAUCGAGGUGCGAAGCAUUUAAAGAAGUAUCAGACGACAGAACGCCAUGUUACUACGAAUAGGGCAGAUUACACGCGUUUACUGUGUGUUGUUGUGUUUUCGACUAGCUUGUCAAGCUUUUUCACCAUCAGAAAUAGAGAAAGCGUUUAAGAGCAAAAUAUUGGCAGCCAUCAAGAAGAACAGAAUUCAAGCCCGUACUGCUUCAUCCGGAUCUGAAAACGUUAAUUCACUGGUGCCACCUGUUAUUAAAAAAAGUACGCCACCAAUAUCUAAAGCAGAAACAAGUGUCCCAGCGACAUCUAGUGGUGGAAAAGGCACACAUCCUGUAAUUACUCCGACUGUUGAAACACCAAACGGAGCGAACAAUCCGGAAACUGUAGUGUCAGACUCCACAUCGACAUCAAGGGGAAAACCGGUAAAACCGAAAAAUUUGGACUCACAAAGCGUGGACGUAAAUAUAAACAUAAAUAACAAUAUCAACAACCAGGAUCCCGUAACAACAGAAACUGUUCCGCAAAAGAAAACAACAACGAAGUCUAGCCAAAUCAACUGUGAAUAUGCCUGCAAAUUCAUUACACUGCCUACAUGUGGGUGCACGCAAGGAGCAUGGGCCUGACACUGUGGUGAUGAUUCCUCGUCUGUUCUUAGAAACAGCAAUUCGCCAUACAGCGACCUCUGGUGGUUGAAAAAUCCAUCAUCAACAAUGCUAUCUUCGUCUACUACAAUGCCUUAAAUGUACAGACACGCGUGUAUGUCUAUAGAUAGUUAUUGAUCUGAUGUAUAUUAUGAUUUUGGCUUUAUGACGUAUUGCUUUAAUUUAGUUUUUGUCAUUUAUUUGACGUUAUUGCAUAAAUUGAUGAUAUUUUGUUUAAGGAAUGGAAUUCAUGAAUAUUGAUAUUAAACAGAAAGACUGUUUUGCAUUCAUCUCAUAAACUGUUUCACAUCAAGUCUAUACUAUUAAAACUAUGAAACUUUAUCAAUGAAAUGUGCAGUUUCUAAUUCUAUUUUCAACAAUAUGUCGUCGACUUUAGAUUAAAGGUAAACAUGCGUGUUAAGCGUAAUAACUUGCAUGGUGAUAAUCGAUGUAUUUCUUAUUUAAGUUUUCAUGCCGAUUAUAUAAACAACAGCAUGUCACAUUGUUUUGUUCUUCGUUGAGAUAGUCAUUAAUCAUACGGUAACAACAGUUAUAGCCCUAGUCUGUGUUCAUGACUUGACUUCCCCGUGUGUUAUAUCACAGUUAUUACGUAACGUAUAGCUCAUCAGUUUCGUGAUAUUUAUUACACAAAUGGUGUUAGGGACACAGGUAAGAAAAUACCUAGCGGAACUAUGAACCGUUGUUAUUGAUGUAUGUGGUGCCAGUAUCAAUUAACAUACCAUAAAGACAGGCUUAUAUGUAUUUAAAUUGACUUUAAAGAAGGCAGUAUUUAUAUUUCUUACCUUUUAAUAUUACAACAGAUAUCUUACUAUUUGGGAACCAAACACUUUCACCACAAGAAAAUAAGGUCAUCGUCUUAGCUGUUCAAUAUUAUAUAAUUAAAACAAACAGGUUUUCAUAAAAUUUUAUUUUAUUUAUCCCAAAAGAAUGUUUUUGUACUUAAAGUCAAGUUGUCUGUAUCAACAAUCUGAACUCUACACCAAGUAUUCACCAUUUUCCUUUUCUUCUCCUUGCUUAAACUUUUGUUAUUCAUUGUUAAUAUAUGGUCUUAUAUGGCAAAUAAUAUGUUGUCCAUCCUCAUUAUAUUUGCUGUUUAUGAUAAGGUGAUAGAUUUACAUAAGUGUCUGAGACACUUGUUUCUAUUUCCUAUUCUCUACAUUCAAUUUUGUAACUAUACAUGUUUUGAAAUGCCUGAAUAAAAGAAAGUUUAAACUAAUUGACUUUAAAAAGGAUCA